AGAAGAAAAAACUUCUUUUUAAAUAAUGCAUUCUCGAUCUACUUAUUGAAACACAGGUUGACAUUUUAAAGACGUGCGAACGUCAAAUUGUCAAAUCUUCAAUCAGUCAUCAUUGGUAUGUAUAGGUAAAAUGGCGGCAAUAAAAUUUUCAAAUCUUUUGUAGUUUCCACCCUCUCGUUGUGUUAUUAUUAAGAAGAUUGUAAAAUGUGCUAUCUUCGUAUUGUACAUUAAUCAUAUUACAUAUUAAAUUUCUUUUCGUGCGUCGGUAGUUAAGAUUUAAUAUUUUAUGCUUACCGGCAAUUUUUCAAGUUUCUAGUUAAAGCAAAUCUUUGACUUUGUUUAUCUUAUUCCUAGUACCUGAUAGGACUAUUCCAUUAAUUGUAUGGGCUUUAGUUUGUGUAUAUUGUAAUGGCAACGGACUACGAAGCAGCGAGGUCCGAGCUUAUAGCGAUUUAUCGCUUAGAAUUCUAUAAGAACAAGAAAAAUUGGAAGCUGUGCAAGGAUAGGAAACCUCCUCCGCUUUCUCAGACGCCAAAGCACAAAAGUACAUUUAAUGAAACAUAUGAUGUCCAUCUGCAUGAGGACUUGGAGCCGGAGCCUCUAUUGAAUGAGGCUUUCUUAAACGUGCCACCAGUAGAUGAGCUGUACCCUGAGCCCUACCAUGCACCCUAUCAUGAGCACUUACACAUCCCACCAGCCCAGGGCACAGACCUGGGCCAGGACGGAUGGUCUGGACAUCAAUGGAUAGAUCCUGGAGUGGAAGAACAACAGGAGUGGUGCGGGGCCGAGGCGGAGGCGCCCCACGAGGACGCACCCCACCACCACGGAGCGACACACACGCAGCGACUGUGGCCGCCCGAGGAGCAGUUCCCGUCGUGGAGCGGCCCUCAGCCCGCCGAACUGCUGGCGCUGGCCGAGCAGUGGCUGCGGCCGGCGGCGGGCGGGGAGGGACACGACGCGCAGUCGGAUAGCGACAGCGUGGAGUUCGCUCGCGGUGCUCAGCUGGCGCCACACUCCUCGGAGAUCGACCUCAGCAUGACGAACCAUGAGUGCAGCUGUGGCUGCGACGCGGGCGGCGGCGGGCUGCGCGCGCUGGGCGGCGGCCGCCUGCUGCGCGCGCUGCGGGGCCACGCGCGGGCGCUGGCCCAGCUGCUGCGGGAGCUGGACCUGCGCCGCGCCGCCGGGGAACAUGGGCAGCGUGAUAACACCUAUCCCACCAGCCCUUACAAUCCGAACCUCUAUGAGGAGCGACCCACACGCGACACGGACCCGCCCUACACCCACGACCGCCUGCUAGCUGCCUCGCGCCUGCCCACGCCCACGCCCACUCCCUCACCCGACAUAGAAAUAUUCCCGCCGGACAUGUGCUCGCCCAGCGCUGGGCGUGGGCGAGGCCGCGGCCGCAGACUCAUCGGCCUCGACUGCGGCAGACCCUACAGGCUAUGAUGGUACCUUAAAAAUUAUACUAUUUUAUGCGUAAUAAAUAAAAACUUACCAAAGUAUUCAUAAAUGUCACUUAAAGUCGUACCUAAGUGUCAUAAUGUCUUUGACACUGUCGGAAAAAGGAAUUUAAGUAUGCUUUAAGUGUUGUUUGUGGAUAUCGUUGAAGAUAAUUCUGUAAGAAUAUAAACAAAAUUCAUUGUUAUUCAGAAGAUGUUAGCUAAAAUAUCUAUUUUGUUUUGUAAACAGGUUCUUCUCUCCAUUGUAAAUUAUGUUAUUUAACAUAACUAUGUACUAUUAAAACAAGAUUAUGAGACUGACAUAUUUCAUAUACUUAGGAUAUAACAAAUAACAUUUUAUAUUCAACAUCAUAAUUUGCAAGCAUUACCGUUCAAUGUUGGUUGGGUAAAUAGAAAUGUUGAAAUAGUCAUUUGUAAAUCUCAUGUGUUCCAGUAUAAUUUUAACUUGCAUUUAAAAUAAAUUUUAAACAACCAGUGGCCUCUUUCUAUGUAAUAUUAUAACAAUUAUGGAAGAAAGACGCCGUGUGCGCUGUCAUUUUGCAUUUUAAUUAUAUUUCUAUUUGUUCUAUAACCAUAUAAAAUGUUAAUUAACUGGUCCUAGCAUAUUAUAACAUUCAGUUUAACUCCUGUUCCUAUUUAUUAUAAUAAGUAUUUUUAUUGAUAAACUUCAUUUAAUAUUGAGCUAUACUUGUCGCAUAAAAGGGUUAUCAAGAUUUUUCACAACACAUUUUAAUAUUGCGAAAUCUGUAUUUGAAUUGCGAAAUUUCGCAAGUAAUAUAAAAAUAUUGAAGAACAGAUGUAUUUUGUAGUUUAAAUAUAUAUAUAACUAUUUCUAUGUGAGAUUACAUAAAGCCUAUUUAAAUUGUCUAGUUAUUAGAUCGGUUUUCGGUUAAACUAACCAAGUUAGUUAAAUUUAUAGUAUAUGUGUUGUCUACUCUCAGAGUAUAUAUACCUAUAUAUAGUUUAGUGUGAGUUUUGUCUGUCUGUCUGUCUGCUUAGUAACGUGCAUGUGGGUGACUGAUUUGUUAUUAAACGUGUUGAAAUAUA